CCAGAGACAAGGGAAGCCUCCCGGCUCCAAAUCCAGGAACAGAGGCAAAGAAGAGGCAACCCGAAGCGGCCCGACUCUGCCACUGCACCCAGGGGGCUGAGUCGGGGGUCACGCAGCCCCUCCUCUCCAAACAGCUGGGCCGCCUGGCCACUGACGUGAGUAGCCUCUGCCGGGACCUGUCCGGUCUUCAGAGCCACGUCUGGCGGCUGGAGCAGGAGGCACGGGGCUGGGCGCUGGAGCUGGCUGCGCUACACCUGGAGAACCGGCGCCUGGCGAAGUAUACACGGCGCCUGGAGAGCCGUUGCCGGGUUCUGGAGACCCGCUCCCGCCGUCUCAACCUACGCCUCUUGGGUUUGCCCGAGGGAAUCGAAGGAAGCGAUGCAGUGUCUUUCCUCCGACGGACCCUUCCGGAGGUGUUGGGCUGGCCGCCGGGAGUGCCAGUGUUGGAGAUUGAGAGCGCCCGGAGAGUCUGUGGCCAGGAUUCAACCGCCAAGCCACGACCACUGCUAUUCCGCCUGCUACGCUUGGCCGACAAAGCUGCUGUGCUCGAGGCGGCUCGCGCCCGACCGCUGCGCUUUGCCGAGGCGCAACUUGCGAUCCUACCUGACCUUGGUGCCCCACGGAGGAGACCCCCACCUGGCCCGUUCCGGAGAAACCGUUGGGUGGUUGACCUGCUUUUUGGAGGGCAGCCCCCUUCCCCAUGGGGUUUGGGUAGGGGUCCGAUGUGGCAGGAGCCCCCUGCCUCUUGUGCUCCCCUGGCAGCCAAACCCCCUUCGGGGAUGCCUGGGUCUCAGAAGCAACACAAUCCAUGAGGCACUGCCAAGGGAGGGUCCCAAAAAGUGACUUUCCUCUCUCCCACUGGGCAGGGGUGGGUGGGCUAAGUCAGGGGUCUGCAACCUUAAACACUCAAAGAGCCAUUUGGACCCA